AUCUACUUUUUCCAAACCACGGAGGAGACGUCAGACGACGGCGACAUGGUGGAAUCCGGCGAAUAAAACCCUUGUUCCGUGUAUAGCCCUCGUUUUCGAAAAUUGAAGACGUUGUUAUAUUUUUGAGAAAAAUUCAGGUCGAGAAUAGAGGUAUUCCGAUCGCUUUUCCUUAAGAAGCUUGUCCAUGGCAGGUGGACAAACAGAUGGAGAAGACAAGGUAUCAUUGGAGCUCACAGAGGAAAUCAUUCAGAGCAUGGAAGUAGGCAUGGCCUUCCGUGAUUAUAAUGGUAGAAUAAGUUCAAUGGAUUUUCACAGGACAUCAAAUUAUUUGGUGACUGCUAGUGAUGAUGAAUCCAUUCGCCUCUAUGAUGUAUCUAAUGCAACAUGUUUAAAGACAAUCAAUAGCAAAAAAUAUGGUGUUGACCUAGUUUCCUUCACUUCACACCCCACAACUGUUAUAUACUCCUCUAAGAAUGGAUGGGAUGAAUCUUUACGCCUUCUUUCCUUGCAUGACAACAAAUACUUGCGAUACUUUAAAGGUCAUCAUGACAGGGUUGUAUCUCUUAGUUUAUGUGCUCGAACAGAAUGUUUUAUAUCUGGCUCUCUUGAUAGAACUGUUCUUCUUUGGGAUCAAAGAGCUGAUAAAUGUCAGGGACUUUUACGUGUGAAAGGAAGACCAGCUACAGCUUAUGAUGAUCAAGGGCUUGUAUUUGCAGUUGCUUUUGGAGGGUCUAUAAGGAUGUUUGAUUCUCGGAACUAUGAAAAGGGUCCUUAUGAAAUAUUCUCUGUUGGUGGAGAUGUAUCUGAUGCAAAUGUUGUGAAAUUUAGUAAUGAUGGUAGACUUAUGCUUUUGACAACUAAAGAUGGCCGGAUUCAUGUGCUUGAUUCUUUUCGUGGAACACUUUUGGGCACGUAUAAUGUAAAGCCUGUGUCAAGUGAUUCCACCUUGGAGGCCUCUUUUAGUCCCGAGGGAAUGUUUGUAAUAUCAGGUUCAGGUGAUGGUAGUGUCUAUGCUUGGAGCAUUCGGAGUGGCAAAGAAGUGGCUAGUUGGCUGAGCACCGAAAACAACCCCCCGGUAAUAAAAUGGGCUCCUGGUAGUCUAAUGUUUGUUACUGGUUCUUCUGAAUUGUCGUUUUGGAUCCCGGACUUAUCAAAAUUGGCAGCUUAUAUUGGAAGAAAGUAGUACAUAAAUUUGAGCGUGUGUGACUUUGUGAAUUAUUAAAAAAAUCAUAAAUAUAUUAUGAUUGUAAAAAGAAAAAAAAAAGAUACAGCGUACUGCACUCGAUGUUUUUUAACCUUACGUAAGGGUAGACAAAGUGAAGGUAGAAAAGGCAGGAAGGAGUCAUACGUGUACUU